AUGGCGGCUAUAACGAUAUUGUUGGGGGUUUAUAAUUAUAUGAGUGGGAAGCACCCAUUUGGUGCUAACAAACUUGAUAGUGCCAUGGAGACGAUGGCAAAUAAAGUUAGAGAAAUUAAGUACAAGAGUCGGAUGCAUAGGCAACAUGGGCGGUUUAUUCGAGAUAGGGCUAUGAAGAUAAAACUUUCCAAAAGUGAGAAGUUGCUCAUCGAUGAGGUGCGAUGGGGCUUCGAAAUUGUCCACGACUAUAAUAUGAUAGUGUUGGGCCUCGAUUCGGUGCGCUUCUUGGCUAGUACAGAGGUAUCAGGGGCAGAGAAGAAGAGAUGGACGCUAAACGAUUUUGAUAUAGGAAAGCCACUUGGACGCGGAAAGUUUGGUCAUGUUUACUUAGCCAGAGAAAAAAGGAGCAAUCAUAUUGUGGCUUUGAAGGUUCUGUUUAAGAGCCAGUUGCAACAGUCACAGGUUGAACAUCAGCUCCGUCGUGAAGUUGAAAUUCAAAGUCAUCUUAGGCAUCCCAAUAUAUUGCGCCUCUAUGGUUACUUUUACGAUCAGAAACGUGUUUAUUUGAUAUUAGAGUACGCAGCCAAAGGUGAACUCUACAAAGAAUUGCAGAAGUGUAAAUACUUUAGCGAAAGACGUGCUGCUACUUACGUUGCAUCUUUGGCCCGAGCACUGAUAUAUUGUCACGGCAAGCAUGUAAUACACAGAGACAUCAAGCCAGAGAACCUGUUAAUUGGUGCACAGGGUGAGCUCAAGAUUGCAGACUUUGGUUGGUCAGUGCACACCUUUAACCGCAGGCGGACAAUGUGUGGUACAUUGGACUACCUCCCACCAGAGAUGGUGGAAAGUGUAGAGCAUGAUGCUAGCGUUGAUAUAUGGAGCCUGGGCGUUUUGUGCUAUGAAUUUUUAUAUGGUGUCCCUCCAUUUGAGGCCAAGGAACACUCAGACACAUACAGAAGAAUUGUGCAAGUGGAUCUGAAGUUCCCACUAAAACCAAUCGUCUCUUCUGCUGCAAAGGACCUUAUUAGUCAGAGCAUCAAUGGUUCUCAUCAAUUUUCAAUUGAAAUUCUUAAGUAUGUUGAUAACGAUAUUCGGUUAAAAUCCAUGACAAAGCCGAUGCAAUAG